AUGCUUGUCCUCAUUGCCGGCGUCACUGGAAACCUGGGCCAGAAACUUGUCCACAGCCUGGCCUCGAGGGGGCAUCAGGUUCGAGGCCUGGGUCGCAGCCCCGAAAAGUUGGCCCUGGAGACGCGCAACUUGCUGGAAAGCUUCGUCCAGUACUCCACCUACUACGACAUACCCGCUUUAGACCGCGCCUGUGAUGGUGUUGAUGCUGUCAUUUGCGCCUACGGCAUGAUUCCAGUUCUUCAGCUCGAUGGCCAGCUGCUCCUCCUCCGUGCAGCCGAGCGCGCCGGUGUCAAGCGCUUCGUGGCUGACAGUUGGAACCACGAUUGGCGCGAUGCUCCACUUGGCCAUCAUGAAAGCUACGACCCGUAUCUUUCUUUCCGGCGUCAGGCCGAGUUGAGCUCGGACAUCAAGCCGAUCUACAUCUUCAACGGGGUGUUUGCCGAGACGCUCUUUUCAAUUCCCGACCAUGGCCAUUUUGGAUUUAACGACUCCAAUAUCUGGGAUUCGGACCAUGGCUGCAUCAAGAUCUGGGGUACUGGUCAUCAACCGUUCUAUUGGACCACCGAGAGGGACGCAGCAGAGUUCACUGCUGAGAUCGUUCAGCGUGAUGAUGCAGAGCAGGGCGGCUUCUGGAACGUCUGCUCCGGUGCACAUUCGUUGAGAGAGAUUGCUGGCUUGUACGAGCAAGAGAGGCAGAAAAAGGUCACGAUCCAGGUGAUGGGAACUGUGGGAGAGUUGCGAGAAAGGUCGUUGAAGGAACGAGCGCAAGGAGAUAAGAGGCACUUCGAAACCUAUAUUGGGUGGUCCUACCAGUACCACGCGAUUGGUGGGACGUGGAUUUUCCAUAAACUUGACAACGACAAGCUCAAUGUACAGCCAACAUCGUUGGCAGCCUUCUUGAAGGAGCACCCUGAGCUCUGA